CUUGAAACCUUAUCUUGCUGGGUCCAUGUUUCUGUGUAUCUCUGCUUCAGGCAUCCAUAUUCUCCUGCUUUCAUGUUGUUCCUUUUCAGGGUUUAUGAAUUCUUUGAUUCUCUCAAUUGGGAUUUUUGGCAGUGAUGUUCGAUCCUUCCUCUAAGCUUACGCAACUUCUUUGGGGCAGUACUGAUCAAAGAUGACAGCAAAGAGGCCUCGUCUAUGCUCUUUAUUCUCCUGCAACAACAACAACAACCGACCCAGAAGAACAUUAACUACAUAUCCUCUCCAUGCUGAACCUCUGAGCUCAAAUCCAUCAUCACCGGCCGAAGAACACAUGAUUCAUUGUUUUUUAUUAGCAGAGCGGCUCAAUAGGCGAGGCCUGGUUUCUGCCGCACAGGGAGUCCUCGAGCGCAUCAUCAAUCAUUCCAUGUCAAAGCAACCUUUAAUCGACGCUAUCGACUUCGCGCUUUUACGUGGAUUGCAGUUUAAUGCACAAAGCUAUAGCUUGAUUCUCCAGAAGUUCCUGUGUUUCGGUCAGCCCCAAUUUGCGGCAGAGUUUUUCAUUGAUAAAGUCACAAGCAGAGGUAUUGUUCCGACCUCGUCAAUGCUCAACUCGAUGAUUAUAUGUUACUGUAGGAUAGGAAAAUUAGGGGAAGCAAUUAUACAUUUUGACCAACUCAUUCGAAUGGGUUCUUUCCCUUGCAAGAAAGCUUGUAGUUUGUUGCUUCGUGAGCUCUCUAUACAGGGAAGAUUACUGGAGGCAUUUGAUCUUUUUGUCCAAAUGUUUCGGUAUGGAGAACAUCCGGUCUUUUGGUGCUAUAAUUUACUGAUUGAUGGGUUGUGCUAUAAUGGAAACUUAGAUGAAGCCCUCCAAGUAUUCUACUUAAUGCUCCAGUCAGGAACUCGUCCCAUAGCUCAUUUGUACAAAUCAUUGGUGUGUGCUUUCUGUAAGAAUGGUCAAGUUCAGGAGGCGGAGUUCCUAUGCAGAGAAAUGACAUUGCAGGGCCUCCGUCCAGAUCGUGUGAUGUACACUUCUCUUAUUUAUGGUUAUUGUAAAGAUGGGGAUAUUGAGAUGGCUAAGGGUCUUUUUCGAAGAAUGCGGGACACAGGCUGUGAACCUGAUGUUUAUGCUUACAACACAUUAAUUUAUGGUCUUGUUAGGUCAUUUGAUGUUGAUUCUGCAUGGGUGCUCUAUGAACAGAUGAAGGGGAGUGGAUUGCAACCUGAUGUGGUAACUUACAGCAUUUUGAUUAGUGGAUACUGUAAGGAUCGGAAGCUAGAUUGUGCUAUGACCCUUUUUGACCACAUGCAUGUAGCCCCCAAUGUGCAUUGCUAUACUUGCCUAAUCUCUGCCUUCUAUAAGGAGAAGCGGUUAGAAGAUGCAGAUGAAUUGUUUAAUAGGAUGCUGGACAGUGGCAUCGCUCCUGAUCAUGUGGUGUUCUUGUCUUUAGUCAAGAGCUACUCAAAAGGCCAUGAACUUCAUCUGGCUUUCAUGAUUUUGACAGCAAUGGCUAAGAAUGGUUGUAAUAUAGACUUUGAUAUGUUUUUAAGCUCUUCCACUUCUAGUCCAAGCAAGGCUUUGGAGCAUAAUCUUGAGCUUCUAUUUAAUGGGAUAUUGACGAGCAACAUGUUUCCUUCUAAUGUGGCCUUUGGCAUUCUCAUAAGUGCCUUUUGUGCAGGGGGGAAAACUGAUCUUGCAUUGUUGUUCAUGGAUAGGAUGCUCAGUUAUGGAUGCAAGCCUUUGCUUUCUACUUACAAUUCCUUGAUCAAAUGUCUUUUCCAGGAAGGUCUGGUUGAGGACGUGCGGUCCCUCAUAAGCCUCAUGCAGGAUCAGGGCGUAUCUCCUAACCUAGCUACUUAUUUGAUUAUGGUGAAUGAAAACUGCAAGCGUGGGGAUUUGGUGUCUGCCUUUGAGGUCUUGGAGCAAAUGGAUGAGAGGGGACUGACUCCUAGUGUUGCAAUUUAUGACUCAAUUAUUGGUUUUUUGUGCGGAGAGAAAAGAUUGGUGGAGGCUGAGACUGUUUUCAUAGGAAUGCUUGAUGCUGGUGUGGUUCCAGAUGAACCUGUCUUUAGCACUUUGAUUAAUGGCUUCUCUAAGAGUGGAAGAGCAAUUGAUGCUUGUCAUUGGUUUGACAGAAUGAUGAUAGAGUUUGGUAUUCAUCCUAGUUCUCAUUCUUACACUGCACUAAUAAAUGGACUUGUCAAGAAAAACAUGACUGAGAAGGGAUGUCUAUAUCUUGGUAAAAUGUUGAAUGAUGGUUUUGUGCCAGAUACAGUGCUUUACACUGUUCUAAUCAAUCAGUUUUGCAGAAAAGGAGAGGUUGGCUUUGCCCUUAGCUUAUUCAAGCUCAUGAAAAGAAACAAUAUUGAACCUGAUCUGAUCACGUAUAUUUCAUUGAUCAGUGGUAUUUGCAGAAAUAUCUCAUUUAGGGGUAGAAGAUACUAUGUUCUAGAUAGAAGGUUCCAAAUAUCGAAGGAGAGGCUGUUCUGUUUGCUUGAUAAAAAAACCGUAUUCCCAAGAGAUUCUUGCAAUUCCCUUGAAGAAAUUAAUUAUAUAGCAUUAGCAUCAAAACUAGUACAAGAAAUGAAAGUAAUUGGGCUAGUUCCCAAUUUGUACCAUCAUAAUGGCAUCAUAACAGGUCUUUGCCGGGCAGGGAGCAUGCAGGAUGCAUAUGAUCAGCUUGAGUUGAUGCAGAAAGAUGGCGUGAGACCCAAUCAGGUGACUUACACCAUAUUAAUUGAUGGAUGUAUCAGAUCUGGUCGAAUGGAUCAUGCUAUAAAAUUAUUCAACCUGAUGAAUGCGGAUGGUUUUGUUCCAGAUAAGGUCUCAUAUGACACGAUGAUUAAAGGUUUUUGUAGGGCAGGAGGAGUACUUGAUGCUUUAGCACUGUCAUUGUCAAUGUGUAAGAGGGGCUUUGUACCAAGCCAUGUUUCGUAUCAGAAACUAGUAUACCAUCUUUGUCUCAGUAGUUUGAGCAAUCUUGCCUUCAAAGUAUUUGAGGAAAUGUUUUCCCAUGGCUAUGUACCUGCCCAUUUUACUUGUAACUGGUUGCUUGGUGUUCUAUACAAAGAGAACAAACUGCGUGAGGCUUAUAAGGUGUUUGAUAUGAUGCUUAAGAGAGGGAGAAUUCCAGAUGAAAGAGUAUGUAUACAGUUUGUUGAAACAUGUAAUAGGCGAGGAGAAUCUGACUUGGCUACUUUAUCACAGAUGGUGCGAGACUUCCUCAAGGAUUGGUGUAAUAUACUUCCAUUGAGACUGAGCGGAUGGCCAUGGGUGACGGAGAAGAAGACCAAGGACAAGGUGAAAACACGAGAAUCAAAUAACUGGGAGAUAUGAGACUUCAGAGAGUAGAACAACUUCGUCUUUCUCAAGUCUCUUCCCUCUGUGAUACGUGGACUCAGUUGCUGCGCUUUAGGAUCUCAGGUAACCUCU